AUGACUGCUGAAACCACUAUGUUUCAAUACGCGUGGACGGAUGCUGCAGCCUCAAGUGGAUGGUGGAGCCGACGGUAUACAGCUUCUGCACUGGUCAAGCAGUUGGGACAGGUGUCUCAGGACUGGGGUAUCAAGCUGUACAUCGCGUGCGGCGACGAUGACUUCCUUUGCGAGUGCAGCACGGUUACAGAGGCAGGCAGAUGGCUCAGAGAAACCUUCGCGGGUGAAAUCAAGGCAGAAGACAGGCAGCAGGCUGAGAGUAGCUCGGGCUUCAGCAACUUUCUGUUUUCAACAUGCCGGCCAUCUGUGUCACCUGACGAUGAGUGGGUCCUUGUAGGCCCUGAGCCAUCGGCCUCGAGCUCAGAUCCACAACCUCAAGCUCAAGACCCCGGAGCUGCAGACCAUGUCGAAGGCUCGAAUGACAAGAUGACAGAUCUUGGCGACUGCCUCGAAGCUGUUGACAGUGUAAAGGCACAAUACAUGCACGGCGAUCUCUACAGCCCACUGGCAGUCCAUAACCCCAUGCGGUGGAGCUACCUGAAAAGUGUAGAAGAGGUAGCGGAAGAGCUGGACCAGCAGCCACGCAAACGAAAGCUCCUCCUGCGGGUGGUGUCUUCGAAGCAGAGGCUGCACAAGAUGUUUCAAAGCGCGGCGGGUGCAGCAGCUUGGAUUCGCAAAAGGUUGGUGCGAUCUAAAGAUGCUGCCGAGUUGGACGAGGAACGCCUGUGCAUCAUCUGCCUGACGCAGCCCCGCAACGUGCUGCUCAUGCCCUGCCGCCAUGCUGUGCUAUGCGAGGAAUGCUUGGGGAUCCUCAUGGAGCGCAGGCCCAGUCAAUGUCCAGUCUGCCGGAAGCUCAUUCAGAACCAUGCGCGCGGCCACUUCCUCGAGGACUACGUAGAGCUUGUUCAAGCUGCUGAGGCGCGCAUGGAGCUCUCGCAGCAGCAGGCUUAUGAGGGCAUGUACAACCAUGUUCGUCCGUUGAUGGUGACUGGUGCCCUUCUUGCGUCCGGAGCUGCAGCCUGCUUCGUCGUUGCACCACCACUAGCACCAGCAUUGCUUACCGGCGCCGCGUUGAUCGGCUAUGUGCCCUGGUUUGCCACUACCGUCGCACACUUCGAAAGCCAGGACAUGGAAGUGUCAGCGCUCCAAAACCGCAUCUUCACUCGAGAGGAUCUUUCAAGCCCUCUCGCAUUGGUUACGAAGUCAGCCGUGCUUCUCAUCGCAGUCCCAGUGGCUGGGGUAGUAUUCUUUCUGCCCUAUGGGCUCUAUGCUGGUGUGCUGCGCCCAAUGACGCGGUGGACGCUUCAAGGACUCGUGCGGGCGGCCUGCCUCGCCCAUGUCUACCUCCUGCGACCAGCAGCUGGACUGGCUGCAAGAGCUUGGGAGCUGUUAUCUGGCAUUGGGAGCACCUGUGCGGAUGGCUUCAUGGCCGCCCUGAAGUCCUUCUAUGAUAUGGUGCUGUGCCCAAUAGGUUCUGGCCUGAAAUGGUUGGCCAAUCGUGUUGCUGACGCUGCCAGCUGGACCUUCAACAGUCUCAUGGUGCCUGCAUGGGAGGCGCUUAGCAGCUCUGCAGCUUUCGGCUACGAGCACGUGCUGCUCCCCAGCGCCAAGGUUUGCUGGCGGGCACUGCAGGCUGCAGCCCAGGCUUCAUAUACUUACGUGUUGGCACCUGCUGGCCGUGGGUUGGUUGUUGCGGCAGAAAAGCUUGGUGGAGUGCUAUCUUUUCUUGCCGAAGGCCUUUAUGCUUGGGUAGUGGUCCCUUUCGGUCAUGCAGCCUGGACUGGCUUGAAGGCAGUUUGUCAUGGCCUGGGGGCUGCUGCCCACGGCACCUAUGAGCACAUCCUUGUCCCUGCUGGAAGUGCCGUGGCCUUUGCACUGAAAGCCCUUGGCCGGUGCCUAGUUGUCAGCGCAGAGGCUCUUUACGGAUAUGUUGUUCAACCGCUGGCGAGCAACAUAUACACCUAUGCUGUAGUGCCUGUUGGCUUGGCCGUUCGUGCUACGGCUGGUGCUGUCUGGUAUGGAGCUGGCGCGGCUGCCCAAGCACUUGCUCAACUUGCGCAGGUCAGCUACAGCUAUGUUUUGCUUCCCACGGGUCAUGCCAUUCAAGCAGUGUUUGGGGCUAUUUGGUAUGCAGCCGGAGCAACGGCCGAUGUGGCUGUGAAGCUUGCGCAAGCAGGAUACGCGAACGUAAUCCUUCCAAUGCUGAAUGCCGGCAUCAAGUUGGGAGAAGCCAGCUACACGUUCGUCGUUGCACCCUGCGGCCGAGCCAUUGCAAGUGCCGCUCACGCCACCGGUCAAGUGGUCAUGGCGGUUGUGCAAGUCAGUGGCAAUGCAAUCUAUGUCUACGUGGUUUGCCCUGCUAGUCAGGCCAGUCAGAGUGCUCUGGUUGCGGGGCGACAGGCAGUGCAGCAAUGCCAUGCCACCGCAGUGAGCACGGGCCAAACUGUUCGUAUCACCAUUCAAGGUCUGGUGAGGCGCUAG